AUGCUGGCAUUUGAAGGAGGCAAAUACAUCAUUCUAUCCAUGGAUACCCCGUUCUUCUACGAAGGCCGGGAUUACUACUUCGAUAUCUAUCCAAGAAUGAGGGAUGACUUGAUACUGUGCUCUGUGUCUCUCAAUAAGUUGAAACAGCUGUCCGGUAAGCCGGUGAGAGCAAAACGCGAAGAUCCAUGGUCAUCGAGCAUGACAUCUCCACUCACUACCAUUUCUACCCCGCCGACCACGAUGAAACCUGAUGAAGUUUUGGAUAGCAUACAAUAUAGGAACGGUACGCAACCACAAGUUAUUACGUGGGCAUGUAUUAGAGAUGUUGAAUUAUGCUGUGGUACUGACUGCUGUCCCGAGGACGAUGAUGUAACCGUGGGCAAUGUUCUUGGGUGGAUUGUCCUUAUCAUCAUCAUUGGUUUAGUUGUGAUCGCCUGUUGCAUUUCGUUGUGUCAUGCUGAAGCCCCGCAGGGUGUCCAACAUGAUAACCCUUCACCACAAGUGCAUGGACCCGACGGCCACUCACAGUCCUAUUCAAAAGAAGGCGACCCAUCUACGGAUAAACCUCCUGAAGGCCCACCUGAGGGAUAUCAACCUGAACGUUUUCCUGAUCGAAGCCUGGAGAAGCAGAAAGGAGCAAAGACUUCCAAAGAAGGUUCGAUAUCGGCCUCCAAAGGAGCUUCAAAAUUGAAGGAAAGUGGGCAGAAAUUGGAGGAAGGAGUGCCAGGCAAAAGGAGCCGAAAUCAAAAGAAGAAAAGAAAAGUUAAAAAAAAACUCUACACCGUAGUAAAUUUAUACAAAAUGACUUUAAAGUGCAUUCAUUUAUCCUCGCUGUACAGAAAGAUUUGA